ACCUUUACACAUCGCACAUCACGUCCCCAGUCAACUCUAAGCUAUACAUACUUGAGCGUCCACCCGAAUCACUUCCAAUACACUCGGGUACGAGUACGCCGGUGCUGCGAGAACCUAUUUGAUCUGCUGAGCAGUUCAAUUGUCUUGCGGCGACAAGUCUGGCUCGGGAAAACACACGAGACCAGCGGUAGAAAGUACUCCUCGCUCUUGUUAUCUUCGACACGCUUGAGCAAUUCGAACCGAUUCUCUCCUCCUCGCCAAUCCGAAAAUUUCGCACACAAUGGCCGCGCAAUCGAGCUUCAGCGGCGGCAACGGCGGACCCUCAAAGCCGAGCGAACUCUCCAAGCGUCUUGACUUGGAUGGUCAUGAUCUGCCCCCUUCACCUGCUCCAUCCAGCCCUCGCAACGGUCGUCGCCGUUACGCACUGGCUACAGAGCUUGUGUAUACAGAAACCAACGACCAGUAUGGCUCCUCCAGCAUUCCCAUCUAUCAGUCGGCCACUUUCAAGCAGUCUUCCGCCCGGGGCGGCAACAGCGAGUAUGACUACACUCGGUCUGGCAACCCCACUCGGACCCAUCUUGAGCGCCACAUGGCUAAGAUCAUGAAUGCCUCACGUGCCCUCGCUGUUGGCUCAGGUAUGGGUGCACUGGACGUCAUCACCCGCCUUCUCAGGCCCGGCGACGAAGUCAUCACCGGCGACGAUCUGUACGGUGGAACCAACCGCUUGCUUGCGUACUUAUCCUCCAACCAGGGUAUUGUGGUGCACCACGUCAAUACCACUACUGUCGAUGCAGUGCGCGACGUCGUAUCGGACAAGACGGCCAUGGUGCUCCUCGAGACCCCGACGAACCCUCUGAUCAAGGUCAUUGACAUACCUUCGAUCGCGAGGGUGGUACACGAAGUUAAUGAUAAGGCGCUUGUCGUCGUCGAUAACACCAUGCUCUCCCCCAUGCUAUGCAACCCCCUGGAUCUUGGCGCCGAUAUUGUUUACGAGUCCGGCACCAAGUAUUUGUCGGGUCAUCACGAUAUCAUGGCCGGCAUCAUUGGUGUCAAUGAUGCCGCAGUUGCCGACAAAUUAUACUUCACCAUCAACGCCAGUGGUUGUGGAUUGUCGCCCAACGACUCCUUCCUAUUGAUGAGAGGUGUCAAGACCCUGGCUAUCCGAAUGGAGAAGCAGCAAUCAAAUGCGCAGCAGAUUGCCGAGUUUCUCGAGAAUCAUGGCUUUCGUGUGCGGUAUCCCGGCCUCAAAUCUCACCCUCAGUACGAUCUGCAUUGGUCGAUGGCUCGCGGUGCCGGAGCAGUGCUGUCCUUUGAGACAGGCGACGCCUCACUGUCCGAAAGGAUUGUGGAAGCUGCUCGCCUGUGGGGUAUCAGCGUGAGCUUCGGCUGCGUCAACAGCUUGAUCAGUAUGCCUUGCCAGAUGAGUCACGCGAGCAUUGAUGCCAAGACCCGCAAAGAGCGACAAAUGCCCGAAGACAUCAUCAGACUCUGUGUCGGAAUUGAAGAUGUCGAGGAUCUCAUCGAUGAUCUGUCACGCGCUUUGGUCCAGGCCGGAGCCGUUACUGUAACGCUGGAGGGGAUCCAAGCAAAUCCAGUGGCAGCAUAGAUGGAUCAUAGAAAUGGCGUUAUUACAAAGAUCGAAUUCCGGGUGCUGUAUGAGAUUGGACAAGGGACGAUUCACUAGCUGGCUUUCCAGGCAGCCAGUGGGAGCUGAAACGGCUUUCGCCAGGUAGCCAUUAAAGAGCAUCGAGAGAAAAAAAUGUUGAAUAUAGAAGUCGACGCCAGUAUGCCAUGCCUUCUUUACUCGUGUCGUAAGAAUUCAAAUUCUAAACUG